AUGCGGGGCCUGUCCGGAUGGAUGCUGCUGCUGGUGCUCGGCAGCUGGUUCCGUCUGCGAGCAAAGGGCGCCGUGCCGCUGGCUGGCUUUUAUCCCUUCGGGCCGGCGCAGGGAGACGCGGCCACCCCUCAGCAAGACGACGGCGGUUCUGGUCUCCAGCCCAUCGCCGUCAAGUUCCCCUUCUUCGGCGCGACUCACACGGCGCUCUACGUAAACAACAAUGGAAUCAUCUCCUUCUUGAAAGAGGUAUCUCAAUUCACUCCCGUGGCUUUCCCCAUUUCCAAUGACCGACGUGUUGUUGCUGCAUUCUGGGCUGAUGUUGAUAACCGGCAUUCAGGACAAGUGUAUUACCGGGAAACCACAGAUCAAGCCAUUUUGGAGAAAGCCACUAAGGAUAUUGCACAGUAUUUCCCAGAAUUCCCAGAGUUCUCAGCUCAGUGGGUAUUCAUAGCAACUUGGAACAAGGUUACCUUCUUUGGAGGAAACUUGUUUUCUCCAGUAAAUACUUUCCAGAUAGCCCUCAUCACUGAUGGCCUGCUUUCCUUCACUAUCUUCAACUAUGAAUCAAUAACCUGGACCACUGGCAUGCAUGCCAGCAGUGGAGGAAAUUUAGCAGGCCUGGGAGGGAUAGCAGCCCAGGCAGGUUUCAAUGCUGGUGAUGGAAAACGGUAUUUUAACAUCCCCGGAUCCCGCACUGAUGACAUUGUCGACGUGGAGAUGACGACAAAUGUGGGUAUCCCCGGGCGCUGGGUAUUCAGAAUCGAUGAUGCCCAGGUGCAAGUGGGGGGCUGCAACAACACAACUUCAGUGUGUCUGACACUUCGUCCUUGCUUGAAUGGAGGAAAAUGUAUUGAGGACUGCAUCACAGGGAACCCUUCAUACACUUGUUCUUGUCUGGCUGGUUUCACUGGAAAACAAUGCCAAAUUGAUGUGGAUGAGUGUGCUUCCAAUCCAUGUCAUAAUAAAGCAUCUUGUAUCAGUGGCAUCAACAGCUUCAGCUGUUGGUGUCCACCAGGAUUUAAAGGAGCUACAUGUGAAAUUGAGGAGUCUCCCUGUAAAACCAAAGACUGCCAGAAUGGUGGGGAAUGCCAAAUAACAAACACAACCGCUGUCUGCCUUUGUCAGCCAGGUUAUACUGGAGAAGAUUGUGAAAUAGAAAUAAAUGAAUGUGAGUCGAGCCCAUGUCUGAAUGGUGGGCAAUGUAUGGAUCUUGUCAACAACUAUACUUGUUCCUGUGCAACACCUUUUACUGGACAGCAUUGUGAAAUAGAUCCUUCAAUCUGUGAGGGCAGGAACUGCAGGAAUCGGCAGAUGUGCAACUAUAUUCGCCCAGGGCGCUAUGUCUGCACAUGCUCACCAGGCUACUAUGGGAACAAUUGCCAAUAUGGUGGCCCUAGAAUGUCUAAUGCCUGCAGCUCCAAUCCAUGCCAGAAUGAUGGCACAUGUCUUGAAAGCAGUCAAGGUUAUGUUUGUGAAUGUGCAGAAGGAUACGCAGGCACUGACUGCAGAGAUAAAGUCUCAGAUGACUGUGAGUGUCGGAAUGGAGGAAAGUGCCUGGAUGGAAAUAUCACUGUUUGCCAUUGCCCACCUGGAUAUUUUGGGCUUCUCUGUGAAUUUGAAGUGACUACUACACCUUGCAAUAUGAACACCCAGUGCCCUGAUGGGGGUUAUUGUAUGGAGUAUGGUGGCAGUUACCUUUGUGUGUGCCAUACUGAUUAUGGCACUAAUCACACUGAGCCACCCUCUCCAUGUGACUCAGAGCCCUGCCUGAACGGUGGAUCUUGUGAUGCUCACGAAGACUCCUACACCUGUGACUGUCCCCGAGGCUUCACUGGGAAAUAUUGUGAGAAAGCAAGACCCAAAUUGUGCAGCUCUGGACCCUGUCGCAAUGGAGGGACCUGUAAGGAAUCAGAUGGGGAAUACCACUGCACCUGUCCCUACCGCUUUAAAGGGAAACACUGUGAGAUAGGUAAACCUGAUCCUUGUACCUCAGGGCCUUGUCAUAAUGGGGGCACCUGUUUCCAUUAUAUUGGCAAGUAUAAAUGUGACUGCCUGCCUGGAUACACUGGACGGCACUGCGAAAUAGCUCCUUCUCCUUGUUUCCUGCAUCCAUGUAAAAAUGGAGCCACUUGUGAGGAUUUUGGCAACAGCUAUGUCUGCAUAUGCUCUGCAGGUUACACAGGAAGACACUGCCAAUCAGAAAUUGACUGUGGAAUCCCCACUGAAGUGAAGCAUGCUCAGGUAGCAUUUAACUCCACUAAGAUGGGCUCCUUGGCAAUAUAUCACUGUGCUCUUGGUUAUAUUAUGAAUUCCCAAAAUAACCCUCGCCUAUGUUUGGAAAAAGGCAUCUGGAGUGACCCACCAGAAUGCAAUGAAAUUGAUGAGUGCAGAUCUCAACCCUGUCUGAAUGGGGGGUUGUGCAAAGAUCAAAUUGCCCAUUACCUUUGCUUGUGUAAAACUGGCUAUACAGGAAACAACUGUGAGUUGGAAAUUAAUGAAUGUCAGUCUAGUCCAUGCAAAAAUGGUGGAGUCUGCAAAGACCAGCCAGGAUCAUUUAUUUGUCAUUGUUCUGAAGGCUUCGUUGGAACACAGUGUGAAAUGGAAGUGGAUGCCUGUAAAUCAAAUCCAUGUCGGAAUCGAGGAAGUUGUGAAAGUCACAGUGGCUUUUACCUGUGUGUCUGUCCAGAGGGAUUCUUUGGCUAUCACUGUGAGUCAGUUAGUGAUCCCUGUUUCUUCAAUCCAUGUGGAAAUAGAGGCUACUGUCUACCAACUAAUGAAUCCCACAUCUGCACCUGCAAAGUGGGCUACACUGGCAGGAAUUGUGAAAAAGAGCUGCUGCCACCAAUGUCAUUAAAGGUGGAAAAAGUGGAGGAGAAUGCGUUGUCAAUCUCUUGGCGCCCGCCCAAGGACCAGGCUGCCAAGCAUAUGAUUGAUGGCUACGCCGUGACGUACGUAUCCUUCGACGGCUCUUACCGCUGGACUGAUUAUGUGGACCGAAGUCGUGCUGCCCACCAUUUGCGGGCACUAGCCUCCGGCAAAGCCUACAAUAUUUCUGUCUUUUCAGUCAAACGCAAAUCGAAUAACAAGAAUGAUAUCAGCAGGCCCAUCAUGCUCGUCACUCGUACUAGACCCCACCCAGUAGAAGGAUUUGAAAUAGCCAAUGUGACUUCCACAGCCAUUACUGUGCAAUGGGCUCUUCAUAAACUCAAACAUGCCACAGUCAGCAAGGUGCGCCUGUCCAUACGGCAGCCAGACGAUGUUGAGGAUCAUGCUGUAGAAUUAAACAAUACUGUGACCAAAUACACAUUUUGGGACCUGCAACCAGGACAGAAGUAUCUUAUCCACAUGUGGACCUUGAGUGGCCUUAGUAAUGAAGAUAAUCCCACAGAGAGCUUUGCUACAUCUCCUUUUUAUGUCUGGACCCGACCUCUGUCUCCUAGAAACCUCACUGCAUCCAGAGUUGCAGCCACCUCUGUCCAGAUGACUUGGGAACAACCUCUUGUGGGCUCCGUGGAAGGUUACAUCAUCAAUGUCAGUACCAGCCAGAGUGUAAAGAGCCGCUAUGUCCCCAAUGGAAAGUUGUUUUCCUACACAGUGCGUGACCUGAACCCAGGUCAAAGGUAUCGCUUAUCUGUGAUGGCUGCUCAAAAUACUGAUCAAGGACAAGUGAUGAGUGAGCCUGCCCAUCUUUACAUUACAGCCUUGCAGAAAGAUGGCACCUCUGAAAGACGCUGGAGCCAAACUGGGCAUCCCCGGUUGUUGAGAAACAAAGUGCCCCUAGCUUUCCUACCAGAAUUUCAUGUGCUUGCUGAGCACUCUGUCCCCGAGGAACCCUCACUAACACCCAGAUUUACAGAACUAGUGGAUGGCAGAGGAAGGAUCACUACUAAAAUCAGCAGCUCUCCAAGUAGACCUGUUUCUGUGAAAACACAACCAGAAGCUCUCGUGAAAGUGGAAGAAAAUGUGGAGGAAUCAACUAGUCGGGCUAAACUAGCAGCGCAGCUGUCAGAACCUGAGAGUACCAAGAGAGAAAGUGAGAGGCAGAAUUGUUCCAUAAACUUCUGCAAAAAUGGUGGGACCUGUGUUGCUGGCUUAGUGUCAUACAAUUGUGACUGUAUUCCAGGAUUCAAAGGCAGAUUAUGUGAACUAGCUUGUAAAAAAGUGCCUCAGACUUGUACUCGGCUGUACUCUGAAACAAAAUCUUUUCCAGUCUGGGAAGAGGGUGUCUGCCAUUAUCUAUACAGAAGAGUCUACAAAGUGCAUCAGGACAUUUGUUAUAAAGAGAGUUGUGAGAGUACUGUAACAAAUAAGGCACUCAGCAGAAAACAAAUCAACAGGCAUUGAAACCCACGGUAAUGCUUAUUUGAUAAUGACUGAUGGAAAACAGUCUCUCAUUUUAAGGUUGUGUCCUAAUCCUUAAAUGGAAGAGGAAGAUUCCCUCCAUUAAGUCUUCUACUGAUAAGUGCCAGAGUUGUUGUAUCAACAGAAUUCCUCACCAUGAUCCUACUUGCUUUUGGACUACCAAGGAACUGCUCUCAAGGAAUGCUGAAUAACAGUGAUCUGCUACAGAUUUUAAUUGCAAUGUGAAUAGAGAACAAAUCCAUUUAUUAAUUUACAAUCGAAAUACAAAUAUUUGGCAUGAAAUGGAGAAUUAGCACAUCAGUACCUGCAAUACUGAACAAUCUAGGUAUCUUCGGCUCCACCUCAUCCCAAGGAUACAAUAGCUUCAUCAUGUCAACUGAUUUUUGUUUAAAGGGGGGGGGGGACAGCUGGAACGAAAGACUUUCCAUCUUUUUUGUUCAAGAGAUGUUCACUAUAAAGCCCCUUGUCUUCAGCAAGAUUAUAAUAUCUCACUUUCAUUUCCAGCUUCUUUCCAUCAUAGGAUCUAAUUCCAUUAUAUAAAUUGAGUAAAAGUUCUUUUGCAAGCUUCCUGCAUAACAGUACUCAAGUUUAAUAGUAUUUGAGAUUUGGACAUAUAAUCUGAUUUAUGGACUUCCUUAAACCUGAGUCCUGGGAAAAAAAAGUGUUCUCUUUAUAACCAAAUCUUAUUGCCUCAGAAAUUGAUCCUCAAUACUUAAACCAUAUGUUGUUCCUUGGCAAAAUUAAGGUAAAUGAAAAAUUAUCCAUUUUUUUCAGCCAACUCCCUCAAUUCAUUACUAUUGCUAACAAAUUAUUAGCACUUCAGAAGUUAGAAUAAGAAAAAAGUUGGCAAUAGCAGCAAUAGAGGACUGUCUUUUAGAAAAACCAAAAUACUUUUAGUUGUUCAGCCUCCAGAUGCUGUUAAUGAAGGUUUCUGUGCUUUCAUAAAGAAUUUUACCAAAAAUCUUAAUGUUUAAUACGUAAAGUAUUUCCUUUGAUAUUCUUAAAAGACAAAAUUCUGAUACCGAUGAUGGAAAAAGGCUUCCAUCCAUCUUCAGUGGUGUUUAUGUUGCAAAAUACGAUGACUAGCCUUCAAAAAGCCUUACUAUUACCUAGCCUUUGUGAGUCGUAUGACUAGUUAAAACGAUAAGGUUGUGUUAAUAGACAUAUAUCGUAUUUUAUAAAGCAAUACAACCAGAAAGUCAUAGUUUUAAAUUACUAUUCUGGCAGGUAUUGGAUUAUUGCAGAAAAGGCAUACCCAUUGCCUGCAACAUAAUUCAUGGCAUAUUUUAAGAGCUGUAAAUAUUGUUUAUUUAGCAUAGAGGAGCAUAUUGAAAAGGGGAUAUUUUUCUAAUUUGAAAGACAGUCCUUGCUAUUGGCAGAAAUAGCACAAAGCGGUUCCAAAGUUCCUUCAUUCUUUUGAUAUUUUAACUAAUUUUUACUUGUUUUAUAACUUUUAAGGUGCUCAGAGUCACCAUGUAGGGGAGAUGGGUGGUAUAAGAAAUUAAUUAAUAAAUAAAAAUUUAAAAAUCCUAGAAGUCAUCAAUAGAUGCUUACCCACAUUCCAACAUAAGUUAUUUAUGUGUGCUGUGAAUGAUACUAUCCAUUUGUGAUUCUUUUCCCUGAUGUGGGAUGGCACAACACUAAAGGGCCACAGAUUGUAUUAAAAAUGUAGAAUUACAAUUUUAAAAAACCCUGCUACAGUCAAUGUAGCCAGCAGAAAUACUUGCACAUUCAUUUACAUUACCUGGUUGAAUUGGUGUAUUGUUCCCUCUACUUCUGAUGUUUAGAUGUCUGCACAGGGCACUGUGCCCUACAGUAACACAACCUGCACACAAGAGAACCAGCACCAGGCUUAAGAGAAUUACUGUGUAAAAACUUCAGAUUGUGACAGAAUCUUGAAAAAAAAUAAAUGAAAUGAAAACUGAGCAUGGUCAGCAGAAAAUGUGUGUUGGGAAGACUACAUGAAGAGGAAGAAGGAAGUGAAAUUCUUGGUAUUUUGAACAACCACAUCAGUACUGCAAUUACACUACAUAUUAGGCUUAUGAGAACCAUCUCAUCUUUUAACUAGAAUAUUAAAGUUUCCAAGAAUAAAGAGAAGGAAGAAGGGAUAGCGCCAAAUAUUACAUUUUUCAAAAUCCAAAGUUAAGUUUUAAAAUAGUAUCUGCAGAAGACAAAGAGUAUAAAAGAUCUUUAUUGCUUGUUCCUUGUUUGUCAGACUGUUUUCCCCAGAGACUGUCUUAAGGCAGAAGAGGACCAUUAUCAAUCCAGUACUCUGUAGUCAGAUCAAGGCAUAUGUAAUGCACCAAUAAACUAAAAAAGGUUUAUUUUAUUAAAGUUACCUUGUUUUUUUUUCCAUUUUAGACUAAAUAUAU